GGCAUUCUUGGCCCAGUUGGCAGCUCGCCUCCGGGCGCGCCGAGUGCCUCUCCGCUCGUGCCCUCGGCGCUUCCGGCUCCUCAGAGCCUCGCCAGGGGCACCAGCCAGAGUCCUCGCUGCAAGGCUACGGGCUCCGGCCUGGCCGUGGGAUGUUAGCGGUGGGGGCAAUGGAGGGCACCCGGCAGAGCGCAUUCCUGCUCAGCAGCCCGCCCCUGGCCGCCCUGCACAGCAUGGCCGAGAUGAAGACCCCGCUGUACCCUGCCGCGUAUCCCCCGCUGCCUACCGGCCCCCCCUCUUCCUCGUCCUCAUCGUCGUCCUCCUCGUCGCCAUCCCCGCCUCUGGGCACCCACAACCCAGGCGGCCUGAAGCCCCCGGCCACGGGGGGCCUCUCAUCCCUUGGCAGCCCCCCGCAGCAGCUCUCGGCCGCCACCCCACAUGGUAUCAACGACAUCCUGAGCCGGCCCUCCAUGCCCGUGGCCUCGGGGGCCGCCCUGCCCUCCGCCUCGCCCUCCAGUUCCUCCUCCUCCUCUUCCUCGUCCGCCUCUGCCUCCUCCUCCUCUGCCGCCGCCGCAGCUGCUGCCGCGGCCGCAGCCGCCGCCUCAUCCCCGGCGGGGCUGCUGGCUGGACUGCCCCGCUUUAGCAGCCUGAGCCCGCCGCCGCCGCCGCCCGGGCUCUACUUCAGCCCCAGCGCCGCGGCGGUGGCCGCCGUGGGCCGGUACCCCAAGCCGCUGGCUGAGCUGCCCGGCCGGACGCCCAUCUUCUGGCCGGGAGUGAUGCAGAGUCCGCCUUGGAGGGACGCACGCCUGGCCUGUACCCCUCAUCAAGGAUCCAUUUUGUUGGACAAAGACGGGAAGAGAAAACACACGAGACCCACUUUUUCCGGACAGCAGAUCUUCGCCCUGGAGAAGACUUUCGAACAAACAAAAUACUUGGCGGGGCCCGAGAGGGCUCGUUUGGCCUAUUCGUUGGGGAUGACGGAGAGUCAGGUCAAGGUCUGGUUCCAGAACCGCCGGACCAAGUGGAGGAAGAAGCACGCGGCUGAGAUGGCCACGGCCAAGAAGAAGCAGGACUCGGAGACCGAGCGCCUCAAGGGGGCCUCGGAGAACGAGGAAGAGGACGACGACUACAACAAGCCUCUGGAUCCCAACUCGGACGACGAGAAAAUCACGCAGCUGCUGAAGAAGCACAAGUCCAGCAGCGGCGGCGGCGGCGGCCUCCUACUGCACGCGUCCGAGCCGGAGAGCUCAUCCUGAACACCGCCGCCCGCCGCACCUUCCCGGCUCUGGCCUCCACUUCUGGGGCCGCGAGGGGCGCUGGGACCGCGCACGCCGCUCCUGGCAGCCCCUCGGGGCCCGGAGGACCCGGCCCUGCCUGAGGGGACCCUUUGCUAUUUUU